GGCCAGGCGGAGCUGUGGAGGAUGCUGUCCUUCCCGCUGGUGUCCAUCACGUUCUGCGCCCGGGCGGUGCUCUCCGAGGGCGGCGCCGGGGCCGCAGGCGAGGCGCGGGAGCUCAGCACCUGGCUCCUCUUCCUCGCCAUGGGGCUCGUGACGCAGGCGGGGCAGCUGACGCUCACGCGCGGGCUGGCGCUGCUGCCCGCCGCCAGCGGCACGCAGGUGACGCCUUCCCCGCCCGCCGCCGAUCUGUCAACCCCCGAACUUCGGCUCGGUGCUCGGCGUGCUCUUCGGCGUCAUGCUGGGAGACGCAUGGCCCCCGUGGACGACGUGGGCGGGCGGGGGGCUGAUCUUCGCCUCCCUGCUCCUGGCCGAGGUGGCGGAGAGGUGGCCGAAGCGCGCCUGAUCAGACGUAUAGAGCGGUGGCCACGUGCGAACCCGACCCCCCACUCCCCACGAGUUCUAAGAUUAAGUCGGGC